GUGAAUUUUUUUGGGGAAAACAAAAUUCAUAAACGCAAUUUGUUGAUUUUCGUAGGUGAUGGGGUUUUAUUGAUUCAACUUGGACAGUUUCCUAUGAAUGCAGCGUUGAAAAGCGGUUUGCUGGUGGUUCUGAGUGCUGGGCUGUGUGGAUUUGUCUUUCUCUCAGGGCGGAAGACUGAAGAGAAAGGAAAUAUGGCAAAACUCGUUGGAGUAGAUUUCGAAGUGUUUGGGAGAGUUCAAGGGGUUUUCUUCAGGAAGUACACUCAGAAAAAGGCCGAGGAGCUUUCUUUGAAAGGCUGGUGCAUGAAUACUGAUCAAAGUACAGUGACUGGAAGAGUUGAAGGUGAAAAAUCCAAAGUCGAAAUGAUGAAAGAUUGGCUUCGCAAAACUGGAAGUCCUCAGUCAGCCAUCGACAAAGCAGAGUUCAAGAACGAGCAGGAAAUAACAGAAAUUAGUUUUCCGAAUUUUUCCAUCAGGAGAUGAUUUAUUAUCUCCCUAACAAAUGAAUUUAUCUAUUUAUGUAUUUAAAUCUCUGUAGAGUAUUAAUAAAACCUGAAGUAUUUACAGACUUGUAAAAUCAUCGAGAAUAUCCUCUGAUAAUGGAAUAAAGUGUCAGUCAACUCAA